GGAAGGUAUAAGAGACACGCAACGAUCCACUCCCCUUCACUCCUUCCGCCCCAGACAUCACCACGAGACAUGUUACUGCAUAGGGUAUUGGUGGUGGCUGUGGUGGUUGCGGCGGUGGCAGCGCAGCCUCAGCGGGGGCGGCAGACGCCCUUCUCCAUGGGCAUGAGGCUGCUGGAGAACCUCCGCCACGGCAUGACCUCCACGCUGCAGAACAUCUUUGGCGGCGGGCCGCCUCGCGGCAAGGAGGUACCCCCCGCCCACCAGAAGGCUCCCAACCUGGAUCCCGGCCCACCAAUCGUGGAGAAACCUCAGUCACGCCCUCAGCACCAGAUCCACUCCCCGCCCCCACACCAUCAAGAGUUCCACUCCUUGCCUCCCUCCCACUCAUCUUCCCACUCUUCCUCCCACUCUUCUUCACACUCUUCCUCUCACUCUCCCUCCCAUCCACCUCCCCGUCCACCUCCGCCCACGUCACACUUCUCCCGUCCGGCGGCUCCACACUCUCCCCCAGAACCUCCAAAGUCCUCCUUCUCCUCUCCCGGUUCCCAAGGGGGGCAAACCUCUUUCUUCAAAGUAGUGCAUGAUCACGGGAGCCCUGCGCCCCCACCAAGCAACCACGGCUUUUCCGGCGAGAGUUUUCACCCAGACUCCUUCUUAUCGGGACGGCCGCCAUUCCAGGGCACAGUGGAGGAAGACCACCUGGUGAGCGUGGUGCAUGACGCGCCGCAGCCCCUGCCGCUCCAGAACAACGACCUGCAGCAGGACUCCUUCCCACCACACAAGACUGCCACCUCCUUCGCCUCCUUCGGGAACACCGCGAGUUUUAAACUGGGCAGCCUGAAGAGGGAGGAGCCUGACGGUCAUCACCCUCCCCGCCCUCGCUCCAUCCUGCACAACCCGCCCCCACAGGAUGAGGCUCCCCACCACAGCCUGCGGCAGGACACCCAGCGGUCCAUUGACCAUCCCAUGGUGAUCCUACUGUCCAACUCCCGCCUGUCCACAUCGCAGCCCGCCACCCAGGGCUCCCCACCAGACACGCACGCAGCCUCCCUGUCCUUCGAGAAGCAGCAGCAGUACCACCACGUUGCCAAGAAAGCCUCCGCCUCCAUUCAGGUCCAGGACUCCUCGGACUUCAGCACCGGCACUCGCGCCGCUCGCGACGCCGCACCACGUGGUCUCCCGCAGGGCAACGACGCCGAAAAUGCCAGCUACGAGUUUGGUUACGGCGUGCUGGACAACACCUCACGGAACCUGUUCUUCCACUCAGAACUGCAGGAGGACGGCCGCGUCCAGACUGUCACUUACGUGGACAAUGACCAAGGUUUCCAUCCCAACAUUACCUACGACUCAGCGCCCGCCGCCACCUAGUAGGACCUGUAGCCAGGCGCCGGCCCUGCGUGACGCCCGUGGCAGGCUGGGAGUGAGUGAGGGAGGGAGGGAUGGAAAUAUGUAGUUCCCAACACAUUCAGGGUGGAGAGGGAGGGAGGGAGGGAGGGAGGGAAGGUAUUAGUCCCUUGUAUAUUCAGGAUGAGGGAAGAGAAGAGAGGAAAUGAAUCCCCCACACUGUCAGCGUGAGAGAAGCGUGAGUGGUGAGUAGUGAUGAGUGUCUUGUUGGUGAGCGAGAGUGUGGUGUGUGCAUGGUGUUGGCGUAUGUGAGUGCCAGAUUCAGUAUAAGGUAUGUAUGUAGAUAGAGUUAGUGUGAGACACACUCAGUAUUAGGUAACCUUAGCGUGACGGAUGGACCAGGAUAGACUCCCACCACACUCAGCAGACCAAUGACUUGUUCCUUUAUGGCUAUCAAAACAAAACAGACACUGAAAAAUACACAUUUUUGUUUUGAAUGGCAUUGCAGUGGAAUUUUUCUUAAUUGUUAUUGUUUUAUCAUAUCACGGUUUCAGUUCACCUCCUCGCCGGCGAAGGAGCGUCUCAUUAUUGUUGCUGUUAUUGUACGUCCACAAUUAAAAGAUAAAAUGAAA